GCCCCUGUGUGUGGAAGAGGGAGGGGGAGCAAGUGAGUGGGUCAUUGAGUUCAUUCGCACUACAGCAGCGGCGCCCUCCAUAGAGAUUCUCUCUCUCUCUCUCUCUCUCUCUCUCUCUCACUCACUCCAGCUGGCAGGAAUAUGUGUCAGAUGGAUGGUGAGGCGAAAAACAAGAGCUUUUAAAAUAUGGUGCAAACGGUGCGUGCCUCUGCGCUUCGCUUGACCUCUCAUCAGGACAAAGGCAGUCGAUGAUCCGUUCGCGGAGCCGCCGUUUUCAGGUCAGUCGAGGAGACGCGCCGGAGCUCGAGCUGUAACCCCGCGCGCGGAGAGAGGAGGAUGAUGAGGAUGAUGAUGAUGGAGAGCCGUGCAUGAGUAUGGCCGACAGUCAGCGGAGGGGCUCGGACAGAGGCAGAGGCAGGAUGACUUCGGGAUACUCUCCGCAGUACGCGAGCAGCAAAGCGUCGGAUAUACAGGAGCUCGCGUCCAAGCGCGUGGACAUCCAGAAGAAGCGGUUCUACCUGGACGUGAAGCAGAGCGCGCGCGGCCGCUUCCUGAAGAUCGCCGAGGUGUGGAUCGGCCGAGGGAGACACGACAACAUCCGCAAGAGCAAACUCACCCUGUCCAUGGCCAUGGCGCCCGCCCUGCGCUACUGCCUGGCGGACUUCAUCGAUUACUACGCGCACAUCGGGCUCCGCGGGUGCCGGACGGAGGAGCAGAGCAACGGACAGGCCCGCCGGAGAGUAGCAGCAGAACCAGCGGCGUCUCCCAGCGGCUCCGCGGCGUCCGAGGAGCAGACGCACCGGGUGCUGAAGAGCGAGUUCAUCGAGCGCGACAAUAGGAAGUAUUACCUGGACCUGAAGGAGAACCAGCGCGGCCGGUUCCUGCGCAUCCGGCAGACCGUCACCCGCGGGCACGGAGGCAUGGGCUACUACGGGCAGGGCAUCGAGCAGACCAUCGUGCUGCCCGCGCAGGGGCUCAUCGAGUUCCGCGACGCGCUCUCGCAGCUCAUCGAUGAGUACGGAGACGACGAGCCCGAGCGGGCGUGCGCGCGGAACCACGACGAGUCUCCCGAGCUGCCCGAGGCCGCGUCCUUCCGCGUCGACAACAAGCGCUUCUACUUCGACGUGGGCUCGAACCGGUUCGGCGUGUUUCUGAAGGUCAGCGAGGUCCGGCAGCCCUACAGGAACACCAUCACCGUGCCGCUGAAGGCCUGGGCGCGCUUCGGGGAGAACUUCACCCGCUACGAGGAGGAGAUGCGACACAUCUUCAGCUGCCACAAGACAGAGAAGCGGACAGACACGGAGGAACCGGAGGAUUGAGCGCUGUUUCGGACCUCUCCGGCGCCAGCUGU